AUGGCUCAAGUAGCAGUGUCCACGCUGCCUGUUGAAGAUGAGUCCUCAGAGAGCAGGAUGGUGGUGACAUUCCUCAUGUCUGCUCUUGAGUCCAUGUGUAAAGAACUGGCCAAGUCCAAGGCAGAAGUGGCCUGCAUUGCAGUAUAUGAAACAGAUGUGUUUGUUGUUGGAACCGAAAGAGGACGUGCUUUUGUCAAUACCAGAAAGGAUUUUCAAAAAGAUUUCGUAAAAUACUGUGUUGAAGAAGAAGAAAAGGCUGCAGAGAUGCAUAAAAUGAAAUCUACAAUCCCGGCGAAUCGGAGGAGUGUAGAUGCUGUAGAAAUUUAAACACUCAGAAAAACAGUUGAGGACUGUUUCUGCUUUUGCUAUGGGAAAGCUUUAGGCAAAUCCACAGUGGUACCCAUUCCAUAUGAGAAGAUGCUACGAGACCAGGGGGCUGUGGUAGUGCAGGGGCUUCCAGAAGGAGUUACCUUUAAACACCCUGAGAAUUAUGAUCUUGUAACCCUGAAAUGGAUUUUGGAGAACAAAGCAGGGAUUUCAUUUAUCAUUAAGAGAUCUUUCCUAGAGCCAAAGAAGCACCUUGGUGGUUGUGUGAUGGUAACAGAUGCUGAAAGGUCAAUACUAUCCCAAGGCGGAAGUUGUGGCCCCAUCAAAGUGAAAACUGAACCCACAGAGGAUUCUGGCAUUUCCCUGGAAAUGGCAGCUGUGACAGUAAAGGAAGAAUCAGAAGAUCCUGAUUACUAUCAAUAUAAUAUUCAAGGAAGCCAUCAUUCUUCAGAGGGCAAUGAAGGAACAGAAAUGGAAGUACCAGCAGAAGAUGAUGAUUAUUCUCCACCUACCAAGAGACCAAAGAGCAGUGAGCCACCGCAGCCACCAGUUACAGAACCUGCCAAUGCUGGAAAACGAAAAGUGAGGGAGUUCAACCUUGAGAAAUGGAAUGCUCGAAUUACUGAUCUACGUAAACAAGUGGAAGAGUUGUUUGGAAGAAAAUAUGCUCAAGCUAUAAAAGCCAAAGGCCCAGUGACGAUCCCAUAUCCACUUUUCCAGUCUCAUGUUGAGGAUCUUUAUGUAGAAGGACUUCCUGAAGGAAUUCCUUUUAGAAGACCGUCUACUUAUGGAAUUCCUCGCCUUGAGAGGAUAUUACUUGCCAAGGAAAGGAUUCAUUUUGUGAUUAAGAAACAUGAACUUCUGAAUUCAAUACGUGAAGAUUUACAGCUUGAUAAACCAGCUUCAGGUAAAGAAGAGUGGUAUGCCAGAAUUACUAAAUUAAGAAAAAUGGUAGAUCAGCUUUUCUGCAAAAAAUUUGUUGAAGCCUUGGGGAGCACUGAAGCCAAGGCUGUACCGUACCAGAAAUUUGAGGCACAUCCUAAUGAUCUCUAUGUUGAAGGACUACCAGAAAACAUUCCUUUUAGAAGUCCCUCAUGGUACGGAAUACCAAGGCUGGAAAAAAUCAUUCAAGUCGGCAAUCGAAUCAAAUUUGUUAAAAGACCAGAACUUCUGACUCACAGUACAACUGAAGUUACUCAGCCGAGAACAAAUACACCAGUCAAAGAAGUUUGGAAUGUCAGAAUUACCAAGCUACAGAAGCAAGUGGAAGAGAUUUUUAAUUUGAAAUUUGCUCAAGCUCUUGGACUUAUUGAGGCAGUAAAAGUACCAUAUCCUGUGUUCGAAUCAAAUCCCGAGUUCCUUUAUGUAGAAGGCUUGCCAGAAGGAAUUCCCUUUCGAAGCCCUACCUGGUUUGGAAUUCCGCAACUUGAAAGGAUUGUCCGUGGGAGUAAUAAAAUCAAGUUUGUUGUUAAAAAACCUGAACUAGUUGUUUCCUACUUGCCUCCUGGAAUGGCUAGUAAAAUAAACACUAAAGCAUUGCAGUCUCCAAAAAGACCACGAAGCCCUGGGAGUAAUUCAAAGGUUCCUGAAAUUGAGGUCACUGUCGAAGGUCCUAAUAACAACAGUCCUCAAACCUCAACCGUUCGAACCCCUACCCAGACUAAUGGUUCUAAUGUUCCCUUCAAGCCUCGAGGGAGAGAAUUUUCCUUUGAGGCCUGGAAUGCCAAAAUCACGGACGUAAAACAGAAAGUUGAAAAUCUUUUCAAUGAAAAAUGCGGCGAAGCUCUUGGCCUUAAACAGGCUGUGAAAGUGCCAUUUGCAUUAUUUGAAUCUUUCCCAGAAGAUUUUUAUGUGGAAGGCCUACCUGAGGGUGUGCCAUUCCGAAGACCAUCCACUUUCGGCAUUCCGAGGCUGGAGAAGAUACUCAGAAACAAGGCCAAAAUUAAGUUCAUUAUUAAAAAGCCUGAAAUGUUUGAGACGGCAAUUAAGGAAAGCACCUCCUCUAAGAGCCCUCCAAGAAAAAUAAAUUCAUCACCCAGUGUUAAUACUACUGCAUCAGGUGUUGAAGAUCUUAACAUCAUUCAGGUGACAAUUCCAGAUGAUGAUAAAGACAGACUGUCAAAAGUUGAAAAAGCUAGACAGGUAAGAGAACAAGUGAAUGACCUCUUCAGUCGAAAAUUUGGUGAAGCUAUUGGGAUGGGUUUUCCCGUGAAAGUUCCCUACAGGAAAAUCACAAUCAACCCUGGCUGUGUGGUGGUUGAUGGCAUGCCCCCUGGGAUAUCAUUCAAAGCCCCUAGUUACCUGGAAAUUAGCUCCAUGAGAAGGAUCUUAGAUUCUGCUGAGUUUAUCAAAUUCACAGUCAUUAGACCAUUUCCAGGACUUGUGAUUAAUAACCAAUUGGUUGAUCAGAAUGAGUCAGAAGGCCCAGUGAUAUAAGAAUCAGCUGAGCCAAGCCAGUUGGAGGUUCCAGUGACAGAAGAAAUAAAAGAGACUGAUGGAAGCUCUCAGAUCAAGCAAGAACCAGACCCCACGUGGUAGACCUGCUCCCUCCCAGGCUUAAAGUAUCAGUGGUUGAGAAGAGCUUUUUGGACCUGUUACCGCCCCAAGCUGUGUAAUAUACUUGUAUAACAGAAAUACCUUCUAUACAAACCUUUUUUUCUACUUUUAGAUAGAAAUGUCUACUUUUUCAGCAGUUCUGUGAAUUGAAUUAAAGAGCAGAGUGACUGUAGA